AAACAGAAGGCGGAAACAAAAGACAUCCAACAACACACCCUUGAUGAUCUGUUCAGGGAAACUGAAUUUAUCUGUAUCUCAUCAGCAUUACUAUUACAGUCGACAUCUACGAAUAGAGAAAGUGAACGACUAAUCAACGUAUUUGGAAGUCAGUAAUUAUGGCACUGAAAAGAAUACAGAAGGAGCUUCAAGACUUGCAGAGGGACCCUCCUGCCCAGUGUUCAGCUGGACCUGUGGGGGAGGACUUGUUCCAUUGGCAAGCAACAAUUAUGGGACCUCCUGACAGUCCUUAUCAGGGAGGUGUCUUCUUUCUCACCAUCCACUUUCCCACCGACUAUCCCUUCAAGCCACCUAAGGUAGCGUUUACAACAAAGAUUUACCAUCCAAACAUUAACAGUAAUGGGAGCAUUUGCCUGGAUAUAUUGAGGUCGCAGUGGUCCCCAGCACUAACGGUAUCAAAAGUUCUAUUGUCCAUAUGUUCAUUGCUUUGUGACCCCAACCCUGAUGACCCCCUAGUCCCAGACAUAGCACACAUCUACAAAUCAGACAAAGACAAAUACAACAGACUAGCGAAAGAAUGGACCCAAAAGUAUGCAAUGUAAAGAUGCAGCAGAAGAUGUUUUUUUAAGUCACAAAACACUGUAAAUUCUACUAUAAAAAUGUAAACAUGGGUAACAUUGAACACAUUGUACUUUAAACAUUUAUCAUUCUGAAACAAUGAUAGAUUAUUUAGAAGAUUUGAGGGGUGUUGUCUUUACAAUGUAAUUCUGGGGUGACAUUGAUUUAGUAUCUUAUGAUUUCCAGUUUUGGGCACCUUUAUUUUUGUUUAGUUUGUUGUCAUGAAAAGACAUGAAUACAAUACAGUUGCAGUCCCACUAUAAGUGGCAAAUUAAGAAAUCAAUGACUGUACUUUUUCAUUAUUUUGUCUAUUUUCUUUUUAGAGAUUUUUGUUAUUGUAUAGCAUUAUUGCUAUCUUGGACCUAUGUUUAUUGUUGCUGUUUAUUUCCAUAAACGCAUACACAUGUAAAGGUAUCAUUAAAAAUAUGUAUGUAAAUCCUCUGCAAAUAACAACGAUUUUGGCUCUUGAAUUAUAGAUGAUGCCGUUUGGCACCUUUUGUAAAAUUAAAAUACAGUACACUUUUUAUCAUUA